GAAAAAGCAACUGAACAAGACAAAACAGAAAAAGCUAAAAAGAAGAAGCCAAAGCUCUUGAACAAAUUUGAUAAGACCAUUAAAGCUGAACUAGAUGCUGCAGAAAAACUACGUAAAAAAGGAAAAGUUGAAGAAGCUCUAAGGGCCUUUGAAGCGUUGGUGAAUCAGUAUCCACAGAGUCCUCGAGCAAGAUAUGGGAAAGCACAGUCUGAAGAUGACUUAGCUGAGAAAAUGAGGAGUAAUGAGAUGCUGCAAAAAGCUAUCAACACUUACGACGAGGUGGUUGGUCUGCCAAAUGUCCCGUCAGAUCUGAUAAAACUGAGCUUGAAACGAGAAGCAGACAGGCAGCAGUUUCUUGGUCGCAUGAGGGGUUCCCUGGUUACGCUACAGAAAUUAGUUCAGCUGUUUCCCGGUGAUACUUCAUUCAAGAAUGACCUUGGUGUUGGUUACCUCUUGAUAGGAGAUAACAGCAAUGCCAAGAAAGUAUACGAAGAGGUUCUGAGCCUGGCUCCAAAUGAUGGCUUUGCCAAAGUACAUUAUGGCUUCAUCCUGAAGGCAGAAAACAAAAUAGCAGAGAGCAUACCCUAUCUAAAGGAAGGACUAGAGUCUGGUGAUCCUGGCACAAAUGAUGGACGCUUUUAUUUCCAUCUGGGCGAUGCCUUGCAGAGAAUGGGAGACAAAGAGGCGUACAAGUGGUAUGAACUUGGAUACCAGAGAGGUCACUUUGCAUCAGUCUGGCAGCGCUCCCUUUACAAUGUCAAGGGACUGAAAGCUCAGCCUUGGUGGACGGCGAGGGAAACUGGUUAUACGGAGCUGGUGAAGUCCUUAGAAAAAAACUGGAAGCUCAUUCGGGAUGAGGGACUUGCUGUGAUGGACAAAAAGAGAAGCCUCUUCCUGCCUGAAGAUGAGAAUCUACGAGAAAAGGGAGACUGGAGCCAGUUUACCUUAUGGUCACUAGGAAGAAAAAACGAGAACGCUUGUAAAAGUGUUCCAAAAACGUGCGCUUUAUUGGAAAGAUUCCCGGAAGCUACUGGCUGCAGAAGAGGGCAGAUCAAAUAUUCCAUCAUGCACCCAGGGACUCAUGUCUGGCCCCACACAGGGCCCACCAACUGUCGUCUAAGGAUGCAUUUGGGCUUGGUGAUACCUAAGGAAGGCUGCAGAAUUCGAUGUGCCCAAGAGAACAGAACCUGGGAAGAAGGGAAAGUCCUUAUUUUUGAUGACUCUUUUGAACAUGAAGUGUGGCAGGAUGCUGAAAAUUAUCGCCUGAUAUUCAUUGUGGAUGUGUGGCACCCUGAGUUAACGGCACAACAGAGACGCACCCUUCCUGCUAUCUAA